AUGCUGGUGGUAGGAGGCACAAUAAGUGUCGUCACUGCGGAAGAAAUCUCCCCAGAAUCGCUGUUCCAUCAAGCCGUUGAAGCCUGGCAAAUGUCAGGAACCAAGAAUUACAAACCCUUUGACCAAUUGGCCGAUGUCUUGCUCGAACGAUUUGAAUCAUCGUCAUCGUCAGUAGCAUCAUCAGAAGCAUCAUCACAAGGAUCUUCUUCUUCACAAGCAUAUUCAGAAGCCAAUCACAGACUGCCGAUAGUUGGUGCCAUGGAAGAGAGCAUUCUCGUAUUGGAACGGUUUAUCUUCGAGCAACAACAAGGACGAGAAGAAACAGUUCGCGAUCAGACAUUGUCCCACUUGUACGUUGUGUAUGCCACAGCCCUGUCGCAACUGAGCGGUAUCGAAUGCCGGGCACUGGCACUGGAUCCCCACACUCUCUUGAUUGGAGCCGACACAGUACACCACAACCCAAACAAUAAUAAUAAUAAUAAUAAUAAGGCACACCAGGCACAGUUAUUGUGCGUGGAAAAUGCCGAAAACGCGGCCCGGAAUGCGGCUACCUUGGAUGCCACCAAUACUCGGGCCCAAGCCCUGUUGGAACAACUCUUGCCGUCCAACGACGGUAGUAGCAUCCACGAACGCAAACCGAAAGAAUUUGUCGCCGAGCUCUUUGAUUCGUUUGCCAAUUCGUUUGAUGAAAAAUUGUUGGAUGGUCUCGCCUACAAGGUUCCGCAAAUGGUGGGCAAGCUGGCACAAGAAAUAAUGUUGCGCGCGAACAACAUCAACAACAACAAAGAAGAAGAACGACCCUUGUUUGAAAAUGCAUUGGAUGCUGGAUGUGGCACUGGAUUGGCCGGUCGGUACUUGCGGCUUUUAGUCCAAGAUAAACUUGUGGGUGUGGAUGCGUCUUCCAAAAUGUUAGACAUUGCCAAGGGCUGCACUUUGCACAAGGGAUGUGGUUUGAAAGAAGAAGAAGAAGACAAAAAAGAAGACGAUGAUUUAGGCAAGAACAAGACGCCGACAAAGGGUGAUCGACCACUGUACGAUGACUUGAUGGUCUUGGACUUGGAAGAAAUGACAUUGGAAAAUACAUUGUAUCGGCAUUCCAACAAACUAGGAGAAGGAUUUGAUUUGAUCGUGGCUGCCGACGUCUUUGUCUACUUUGGGAGCUUGGAAGCCGUCUUGAAUACCUUUGCCAAAGUCUCCCGAUCAAGUGCCACUUUAAUAUUUACGUGUGAAAAGGCACUGCCAAAAGAAGCACCCUUGGGAUGGAGAUUAUUACCGAGUGGACGAUUUGCCCAUACCAAGGAACAUGUGGUGGAAAUGGCUCAAAAGGCAGGAUAUGAGUUGGAGACGUAUCAAGAUAUCGUUCCGCGAAUGGAAAAGGGCGAGCCAGUCAAGGGACAUCUCUUUGGGUUUGUACUCCUGGGAGACAGUGAGAAAAUCAUUGAUGAUAAAGAACUGUAG